GCCUUCACCUUGCGAGAUACUGUUUUCAUCUGCGAUUGCUCCUUCAGCAUCGUCUUCAAUUCUUCUUUUUCAUUUCUAUCAAUCGGUCAAUACCUUCUCCACGUACUCGUCAUCUCGACCCCCAUUGAUCUAUCUUAAAUUCGUCGACUUUCGCAAUUCGAAACUUCAAUCUGCGACUCUCCCUUGAUCCUCCUUGACUUCCGCAACCUCUUCUCAUACGCGCAACCUUCUCAGCAGACCUUACUUCCACCUUUGCAAACCCCAUCUUUGAACCUCUCUACACGUUCAAGAUGUCUGGCCGGCUAGAUCAACCUCUCGAUUCCAUCAUCGAAAGCCAGAAGAAGGCGAAGCGUGAAGCUCGUCGUCGCAAGGUCGGAAAGCCAACCGGUGCAACUGCUCCUGUUGGUGGCGUCAAGAAGUCAACAAGACCAGUCAAGAACGCAAUCAAACCUACUGCAGGCGCCUCACCUCAUACAAAGUCAAGCAAGAUUGUCGUCAGUGGACUGCCAUUCGACGUCAACGAAGCCCAGAUCAAGGAAUACUUCAACAAAUCUGUUGGCAAAGUCAAGAAGGUCUCACUGCAGUACAACCAGAAUGGUCAGAGCCGUGGUAUCGCCGACAUCAUUUUCUCUUCGUCGGACGCUGCGGCCAAAGCAGCAAAAGAUCUCAAUGGAAUGCUUGUUGAUAAGCGACCCAUGAAGAUCGAAGUGGUGAUGGAUGCCAGCAGCGUUCCUGGACCAACAGCAGCCAAAUCUCUCGCGGAUCGUGUCGCCGCCAACCCGAAAGCACAACCAAAAUCUGCCACCGCCGUCAAGAAGGACACCAAAGAUGGAGCCAAAGGAAGAGCUGGCAAACCAGGCAGAAAACGUGCUCGCACUGCUCGACCCAAGGCAAAGACGGCCGAAGAACUCGACGCCGAAAUGACCGACUACUGGGGAGGUAACAAUCCAUCUGCAGUCGGUGCUCCCGCCGAGGCUGUCGCCACCAAUGGUACUACUGCUCCCGCAGUCACUACCGGGGACGAUGCCAUGGACGAGAUCUCUUGAACACUGGACAACUCCCAUGAUCGAGGAGUGAGACAUACCCGGGAUAUCAAUACUCGGUAACAUCCAACCAAUCGACUUCCACUCUUUCUUUUUUCACCCACACACUGUACGGAGUAAGACGUUCCCGGUCACCCUUAACUGUGCACUGCCCAAUGCGAAAUUUCAUUCUCAGCCUGUGUUGGUAGUUAUGGGUCGAGGCGGGAAAACGGAGUUGGGAUAUGGAGAGGAAUGCUAGAUUGAAAAGGGCUGAAUGCAGUGCUGCUGUUGGUGGCAGCAAGGACAGGGAUGGUGAUAGGGAUCCAAGCUAAUUAGUUUUAUCAAUCAGCCAGCUUACAUGCACUGGGAUAUCAAACAAUGCGAAUUAUUGAAACUCCA